AUGCGUCAAAGGACUGUCUCAGCUGUUGCAGCUUCGGUGUUGUGUGCACGUAUCAAGAGGCACAGGGGAAUAGCCCUAGCCCCAAGCUUUCAUACUCUCCUCAUCAGCAUUUUGGUGGUAGGAUGUGCUCAGGUUGCUAUUGCCUCACCACCGUCGGCAUUUUCGGAUGUAAUGGGAGUUUCUCGAUCUUUUCCACCCAGUGGAGAUGCUCCCAACUCCUCCGUGUGUCGUCAUGCCUUAAAACAGGUGUCUGGACACUCAGCCAAGUGCAAUAUCUCACGAGAUUUUCGUGGAUGUCGAUUUGACUCGGGAUUUAUCUCCUACCUCGAGUUCCAGUACUGCCAGUUCUCCACACCUGUGGUGCCCACCAUUCUUAUGGGCGUCACUUUGUUGGCCUUUGGUAACGGAGCACCAGACGUCUUCAGUGCUGUCACAGCCAUCACAACUGGUGAUCCAGAGGCGCCUGAUGAAGGCUUGGGUCUUGGUUUUCUUAUGGUCUGGACAACUAGGGAGACAACAACGAUUUUGUGUUUUGCUAAUUUAGGAUCAGGAUUGUUGGUAAACACAGUGACCGCGGGUUUAAUUAUGAUAAUUCACCCAUUUCAAACUAAUCGUCGUCCCUUCAUAAAGGAUGUGCUUUUCUACAUGAGUGCUGUGAGUUGGAGCGCCUCAAUUCUCAUUCGUCGGUCAAUUUAUCUCAGCGAUUCCAUAGGUUUUAUACUGCUCUACAUACUUUAUGUGAUAACAACUUGGGCAGCCAGCCACAUUCAUCUAAAGAGGUCCAACAGUCCGAUCUACCAACGCUGUGCAAAUUACCUUAAAGGCCUUAAAAAAUGCACCAUAUGUAAACGCAAUAAGCCAACGAGUAGGAGUCCAGUAGAAGGUGAUGAAACGUCAUCUCCAAAGGACGCCUGGUGGUUCCGAUCUCUAUGCGGUCUAAUUAGGUCCCGAAGGACUGUUUCUGAAUCCCUGGUUUCGGAUGACUUUGAACUGGGGUCGAAGAAAUCUAACGCGCUUCAAGAUAACCAUAUGGGUGGUCAGAAUGAACAUUCCUACGUAGAAAACGAUGUAAAAAUAAUCAGUUACCGCAAACACCCUGAUCCCAUGAGCAUCUCCAAAGGCGCCAGUCACAAUGGUGACCGUCGUCGAUCUUCUCGCAUCUUCCCCCGCAUCGAGGUCACCGCACCGCCAACGGAUAACCAUACCGCCGUCGGUGAAUCCUCAACAACUUCGAAAACCUCUGCUUCCAUUCUCCGGGGUCAUGUGGCUCCGUCGCAGGAUUUGUUGGAACCGCCCCAUCGUGUCCACCACCUCCUCCAUCCUCUCACUCCACCACCUCACUACGCUACUAAGUGCAUCACACCGCCUUCCAGUGUCUCCCAACGAUCCUCCGUUAGGAAACGAGCCUCAGUGGGUGGGAUUGGACUGCGCUCAAGAACUCCUAGCAUUUAUCAGAGACGAGGAAGUAGACGCAUGAGUGCCAUGGAGCAGUUGCCUUUUGUAGUUAGAUGGAUUAUUGCAAGCGAAGAGACCGAAGGAAAGGACACUGAAGAUGAAAACCUGGAAAUUCGAAGACGUCAUCGCAACGCUUCCGACUCCACCCAUGCAGGUGACCUCGUCUCGUUUCACACCUUCGCUCAGGACAUUUCCCAAUCGCGCAGUCCCACAGUCUCCUUUCGAGAUGAUCCCUCAUCUCAUUGCUACUUUCCCCACUUUCCUCCCACUCACGAACUUCAACGAAUUUCCUCUGCCUCCCUUAACGGCCUGGAUGACAUAGACAAAGCCCGCAGUGCCCAAGCUCACAGCCCCGCUGACUUUGGAUCCACAUUCACCAUUUCCACAAAGGGAAAAAGAGGUAUCUGUGGGAAAAUUGCCCCCAAAAUAGGCGAAGGAGAGACCGAAUUACAAGCAGAGGAUGAGGAAAAGGAAGAAGCUGUGGAAGAUCCAUUUGUCCGGUGGGCCAGUCGUGGUAUGUGGCAUCACCUCCUCUACUGCCUUUGCCCUAUAGAGAUCUCCGAAUGGAAUGACUUAUCCAUCCCCGUCAAAUUACUCCAAAUUAUCCAAUCUCCGAUUUUCAUUCUUUUUCGAUUGACCAUUCCCGUUGUAUAUGAGGAUCUGGAACCUACGUCAACUUCAACGCCCGAGUCUGCAACUGAUGUGAGUGGGGCUGAAGGCAUCAAUUUGUCUUCUUCCACAUAUGUGGGGAGAGAGGGAGGUGAACAAAUGCAGGCAAGGUCACCAAAAAACUCCUCACAAACGGUAAAUGAGAGGGGCGACGAGUUAAGAUCAGGCUUGGAUUCGCCUCUGGUGGAUUUUGAGGAUCUGCAUGGGUGGUGUCGCCUUCUCAAUUGCUUUCAGUGUCUUAUCACCCCAAUGUUGUGGGUCCUUCUGAUUACUGUGGGAGGCAUACCACUAGGCCUUUACAAAGUGGGUAAUUCAAAUCUCCCAGUUGUGGUCAUAGUUCUCCUCAUCUCCACCGGCCUCACAAUAACCAUAUUCGUGACCUCGAGUUGGGAUCGCGCCCCCACGCCCUACCAUCGACCCUUCUUUGCCACUUUGGGCUUUCUCACCUCCAUCGUGUGGAUUUAUGCCAUAGCUCACGAGCUCGUCAAUUCCCUGGAGGCUCUGGGCAUCGUCUGGGAGAUUAGUGAAGCCAUUCUUGGCAUCACUGUCAUGGCAUUUGCCAGCUCUAUCAGCGACCUCAUGUCAAAUUCCCUGUUGGCACACAACGGUUAUCCUCGAAUCGCCUUUGCGGCCUGUAUUGGCUCACCACUCUUCAACCUCCUCAUCGGCGCCGGCGCCUCCUAUACUAUCAAGUUGGCUAGGUCUGGUGACCACACAGCAGAUAUGUCCUUCACCCUGACACAUGUGCUGCUAUUCUCCUUCCUAAUGGGAGUACUUACCACGAAUCUGGUGGUGGCAUUUGCUACGGGCUUUCAUAUGCGUCGCGUCUAUGGCAUUUGUCUGCUCUGUGCCUACGCCACAUUCAUGAUGCUCGCCAUCCUCGUAGAGGCCGAUGUCAUUGAGCCACCCACCUCGUGGCAUCUACUCACUGGCACCGAGUAG